AUGUCGGAUAAGAAUCUACCGCUGGGUCAGCGUGUGACGGUGGUAGGAAAGGACGUAAAGGGGACCAUUGCAUACGUCGGUUAUCCAACUUUCGCGUCAGGAAAAUGGAUUGGUAUUAUUUUGGAUGAACCUAAAGGCAAAAAUAACGGUACACUGCGCGGACAUGCAUACUUCAGCUGCGAAGAGAAGUACGGAGUAUUCGUCAGGCAGACCCAGAUACAACUCCUCGAUUCAGAUGACAACCCAAUGGACACCUCGAUGACAACCUCAACCGAGGAAACCAAACCCAGCCGACGUCUCAGCAGUAUAACAGUGGCCCAGAGGUCUAGACCGACCACUUCCAGAACUUCGCUGGCCAGCAGUCGUCAGUCGUUGACCUCAUUCGUGUCUCCAACCACUGAAAGAGGGACUUCCCCUGAUCUCACGAAGCGUGCUUCCUUUGUUGAGACUGGUUUCGUGGAGACUUUAACACCUCAAUACACGCCGGGUCAGAGUUUGACCUCACCUUCAACAGCCUCUGAGGAUAAACUGGCGAACAUACAGGCGCAGCAAGAGAUAGUGAACCUCAAAGCCGAAGUCGAAGAUUUGAAGGAGAAGUUGGAAACUUUGAAAUUGAGACGUGCUGAGGACAGGGAGAAGAUAAGAGAAUUGGAAAGAAUGAUGGUACAGCUGGACCAGGCUAAUGAGUUUAAAGCGAGGAUCAUGGACUCACAUUCACAGUUGCAACGAGACCUACAGAGAGCGAAACAAGAGCUGCGCGAGGCUCAAGAAGCGCUGGACCAGCACAACGAUGAAACAGCUGACCUGCAAGAAGCAGCUGAAAUGGCAGCUCUUGAUAAGGAAAUGGCGGAAGAAAGAGCUGAGGCGUUACAGCUUGAAUUGGAACAGACGAGGGAAAAGCUGGAGGAAGCUACUCUGGACCUGCAACUGAUGAGGGCUGAAAUGGAGGCUGGAGGGAAUAUACAACUCGCUGCGAUGAGUGAAGAACACCCGUAUGCAGCGGGCGACACUGGCGCCACUGGUUAUGAAGUGAGGCAGCUACAACAACAGAAUGUACGACUGAGAGAUACAUUGGUCCGACUCAGAGAUCUAUCGGCCCAUGAUAAGCAUACUAUGCAGAAAAUGAUGAAGGAUUUGGAGCAAUACAAAUCAGAGAUAGCUGAACUAUCAAGGACUAAGGAGAAGCUUUCAGCCAGGGUUGAGGAACUGGAGGCUCAAGUUGCUGAUCUGAGAGAACAGGUGGACGCCGCUCUAGGUGCUGAAGAAAUGGUGGAACAGUUAGCUGAGAAGAAGAUGGCUUUGGAAGAUCAGGUGGAACAGCUUAAACAAGACGUAUCUGAGCUGGAAGCGCUGCAAGAAGUCCACGAACAGCUUGUAGAAUCUAACCGAGAGCUGGAAAUGGAUUUGCGCGAAGAGCUUGAAAUGGCGCAUGCUGCUACCAGAGAGGCUGUUCGUGAGCGUGAAGCGGCCUUAGAAACGAUUAUGGAUAGAGAUGCAACUAUUAUUAAGUUCAGAGAACUUGUACAGAAGAUGACUGAACAACAGAACGAACUCAAGAGUCAAGUGGAGAAUAAACAGGGCGACCACGAGCCGUCUCCGGAGGGCGAAGCGCCCGAGGCUGCGCCCCGCGAGCUUGGAGCCCUGGUGCUUCAAUCCAGGGCUGCCACUCGCUCUGUGGAUUUGCAAUUGAGGGCUUUAGAGCUGGAACAGGCUCGGGCCAGGGCUGAUAGACUAGCGGCGUGUCUACCUGAUCAUUUCAUGGCACCCAAUGGUGAUCACGACGCAAUCAUGUUCAUUCUGCUCCUACAGCGGUUGGACACGAAAUCUGAAAUAAUACUCGGACAGAUCAGGGAAAAAUUUCCAGCAGUUAACGUCUGGGAUAAGGAGUCAGUGAUGAGGACGCAUACAGCUGUUCAAUACAGCUUCAGAUGUCAACUGGAAUACCAGCUGCAAAUGAUACAGUGCAUGACAUCAAUGUGGUCCGGUGCGUUAGAGCGUUGUUCUCCCGAGCUAUUACUUCGAGCGGCUUCAGCGCUGCCCGACGCUUCUGCCCAGGAGAGAGCAUUAGACGCUGCUACCAGCUUACUAAAGAAUAAUGAAUUAGACGAAAACAGCUCAUUAGACGGUAUGGAGCGUUGUUGGUCCUAUCUAAGCGCUAUGUGGUCAGCUUUGAACAUGUCGUCGGUAGAGGGCGCCUCUUGUACGAGGGACGUGUUGCUACACUCGUGCUUCGCCCUGGACGCACUCGCGAGGGCCCUGGCUGCUGAUGGGGCGGCGUUACAGCAUGUUAUGUUGCCGUCCGAUCAUCAUCAAGAGCUGGGCCAGCUGCAUGAAGCUAUUCAGUCCAGCUGUUCGUCGCUCCAGCAGCAGCUGAAGAGUGUGAGGCGCAGGUUACAACCUGGAGUCAAGCUGUCCACACUACCUAUAGAUGCACAGCUCGUGGAUCGUCUCCGAGGCUCUACAGCGGCGUCCCUCAGUAAGUGCGCACGCGCAGCCUCACUCGCGGCCCGCGCCGCCAGCGCCUGCGCCGACACCGCCGGGGAGAGGGGCGAAGGCGCUCCGCUUGCACACGCAGCCCUACAAGCGGUGUGGUUGGCGGCCCUUGAUAAGAUAUACCAGCAGGAGGAGCAAGGCGUUGUGAAAACGGUGAAGAACGCGUUAUCACAAACAGCCAAGGACGUUGAGGCGUUGGCCAACUUCGUGAGGGACCGCGAGUACGACUUGAUGUCGAGCACCAAUGGAGCUGAUGAUACGCCGACUCCGCCUAUAGUACUCCGAGCACAGUUAGUGAAGAAACAGCUUGAAGAAACAAAGACCUUGACUAUAAGACUGGAGAAUAAGGAGGCUGAUAUUAAGGAAUUGAAGAAGGCGCUUAAGGCGAAACAAGAAGAAUUAUCUGAAAUGCAAAUUAGGCGGGAACUUGGUGAGAGGAAACUUGUAGCUGCUGCGAGGGACGCGGAGUUGAAGUCACAGCAGUUACAGCGGCGGCUGGACGACGCUCAGAACCAGUUUAAGAGGAAAGAGAAAGAGUUUGAGGAGACUAUGGAUCACCUUCAACAAGAUAUAGAUCUACUUGCCAGUGAACGAGGAGCUCUUAGGGAUAAGCUGAAGUUAUACGCUAAGAGGUCACAUCACGAAGAAACACCAGUCAAAGUUACACCGGGAGUUCCCCCGGGAGAGGUGAACGAGGCUUUGCAGCACCAGCUUAAAGUACUUAGCUGGGCUGUUGAACGUGAGCGCGCGGCCCGUGUGUCGGCCGUGAGUCGGGCGGAGCGCGCGGCCCUGAGGGCGCUUCGCCCCCUGCAUCACCCGGGCGCUCCGGAACAUGCUAGAAGGAGGGCGGCUGCCGCUAGCUUGGAGAAGGAACUGGCGAAAUUACAAGCUGAGUGGACUCUGUUCGUGGCUAGAUCAGGUUUGGUGAAGUUCCCGUCGGAGCCAGGACAGUACGCGCGGGCCCUGGAGCAACACAAGGAGAAACAAAAACGAACGAGGAGACAACUGGAGGAGAAGCUGGUUCGCCUACAGCUUGAAGCCCGUUCGUUGCUGUUAACACACCGUCCUUGGCGCGUCUCAUUAGCUGACCUCGCGUGUUUCCCGGCACCCGACUUGGCAGCGGCCUUGGACCCUAAGACGGUGGAAGUUGGUACGAUUACAUACCCAGCCGGCGAGGGGCUUAGCGAUGAUACUAUAUAUGUGACACCUACACAACUGGCAAAGUUGCGAGAGAUAGUCACCGAGCUCCAAUCAGAUGACGUUCAGCUCGACCUCAAGCCUCUGGACACCACCGUGUGCGCAGCUUGA